AAAUGAGUCUCCGUCCAUCCAUCAUCUGGCGUGGACUCUGCACUAAGUUUUCUUCUAGCCAGCCCGGUGAAAUUCUUUCCUAUGAGACGGAAAAGAGGUGCCGACAAGUUCUGAGUAGAACGGUGCUACCAGCCAAAGCGUCGGCGGGAGUUCUGGUGACGUUAUGUACUUUCCGUGGAGCCCCCUCCUUCCUCUACACCCUGCGCUCCUCCAAGCUGAAAGGGAGGCACAAAGGAGACAUCAGUUUCCCAGGAGGGAAGUGCGAUGCAUCUGAUAAAGACAUCAUAGACACAGCCCUAAGGGAGGCACAAGAAGAACUUGGCGUGUCGCUGGCUCGCAGCAUGGUUUGGGGUUCUAUGAAGCCAAUCACUGAUUGGACGGGUAUGGUCAUUGUUCCGGUUCUGGCAAACAUAGGCUGCCUGGAGGACCUGGCUGCCAAGCCCAAUCCAGAGGAGGUGGAGUCUCUCCUCACCCUUCCCCUGUCUCUGGCCUUUACAAGCUCCUCUCAGGGAUAUACCCAUUUCCGGCAGCGUGGUCGUUAUGCCUACACUCUACCAGUUUUCCGCCUACCGGGACACAAGGUGUGGGGCCUCACUGCCAUGAUGACAGACUCCGCUCUCUCACUGCUCUUCCCCGGAAGCUACAGCAGUGUCCUCAGUGGCUCUCGCUCACGAUGACAUAUUGGAUUAAUAGGACAAUACAAAAC